CACGUGUGCAGCAGCGAAUUGGCUGUCACAGGGAAUACUGGUAUGAGCAGCCAUGGCUAUACAGGCAAUCCAGAGCACCGGCUACCAGUUCAGGAGAAUCCUCACCUACUUCCCCCAGGACAUCAGCCUGGCCUUCGCCUACGGGUCGGGGGUGUUCAGGCAGUCGGGCACGGCUCACGGCAGCGUUGGGAACAAUAUGCUGGACUUUGUGUUUGCCGUCGAUGACCCCGUUAUGUGGCACUCGAUGAACGUAAAGCAGAACCCGGCACAUUACUCGUUCCUGAGGUUUCUGGGACCCAAAAACAUCACGAGUGUACAGAACGACUAUGGAGCCGGGGUGUAUUAUAACACCAUGGUGCCGUGCGACGGGAAGGUGAUAAAGUACGGCGUCGUCAGCACAGAUACGUUGGUUGAAGAUUUGCUCCAUUGGAAGACAUUGUACAUCGCGGGGCGUUUACAUAAACCGGUAAAAAUCCUGAUGCAGAAGGAGAACGGGCCGCUGCGCGCGGCGCUCAACGCCAACCUGAAGAGCGCGCUAACCGCUGCCUUCCUGAUGCUGCCGGAGAGCUUCACCGAGGAGGAGCUGUACCUGCAGAUAGCUGGCCUCUCGUACUCCGGUGAUUUCCGGAUGAUAAUCGGUGAAGAUAAAGCGAAGGUGAUGAACAUCGUCGGGCCGAACGUCCCCCAUUUCCAGAAGCUGUACGGUAACAUGCUGACGGAGUGUCCGCAGGCCGUGUACAAAGCACCGCAGGGCCGCGUGGAGGUGGAUAAGAGUCCGGAGGGCCAGUUCCUGCAGUUGAUGGCUUUGCCGAAGACUUUACAGCAGAGGAUAACGAAUCUUGUGGACAUUCCCGGGAAAAACCGCGACGUGGAGGAGAUGCUGCUGCAGGUUGCGCAUGAUCCGGACUGCGGGAGUGUCGUGCAGCUGGGCGUUCAGAGCAUUGUAAAGACAUCCAGCCUGUCUCAGAGCGCUAAAGGGAUUCUGACUGCCGGCUUUAAGAAAACCAUUUCCUACACCUCUAAGAAAAUGUACAAGAUGGCGAGGAGUCUGCGCAGGAAGAAGCCGUAGAAUCCCCGCGGAUCGCAGCUCGUUUUUUAUUCUAUUUAUGGAAAACUUUUUUCCUUUUAUGAUGUGAAUUAUAAAUGAAUGAAAUGU